AUGUGCUUCGUCAUCGUCGGCUGCUGGCCCUGCGGCCACAUGAAGCCUAUGCGCACCCGCUUCUGCGACCAAGCCGACAAGCUCCACACAGAGGAGACAUCAUCAUCAUCAUCAUCACCACCCCUACCGGAAUCACCAACGUCGCCACAGCAGCAGCAGCAGCAGCAGCAGCAGCAGCAACCGCCGCCACACAGAAACUCAGAACCCUUUCCUCCUUCUCAGCAUCACCACCAUCACCACCACCACCACCACCACCACCAUCCCCCAUCCUCAACCGCCGGGCCGGCGGCCAGCGGCGCAUGCACCGCCGCCACGCCCAAGGCGGCCGCCGUGCUGGCGCCCUGCCUCACCGGCGUCAACCAGUACGAGCACGCGCCGACCAAGGCGUGUCCGGUGUGCGGGCGCGACCCCAAGGACGUCCGCGUCCCGUGUCUGCUCGCGAGCGGCGGACAGGCCGGGCGGCGGCAACAGCAGCAGUGGCAGCAGCAGCAGCAGCGACUUCAACUCCAACGGCCAAUGUUGUCGUCGUCGUCGUCGUCGUUGUCAUCGCCAUCAUCACAACCGUCACCACCGUCGUCUGCUUUGUCGCCGCCCUUCUCGGCGGCGGUGGCGGCGUCGAUGGGGGGAGGGUGUGUGAUGAGUGCGGCGACUGGGGUUGGGGGUGUUGGCGAUGGUGGUGGUGGUGGUAGUGCCGUGUCCGGCGUGCCGCCGGCGGCGAUGGUCAUGAAGACGCUUACCGAUGAGGAGCUGGCGGCGCAUAUAUUUGGGGAUCUUGGGGGUGUGGGGGCAGGGGCGUGUGUGGGGGUGGGCAUGGACGCGGGCACGCAGCAGCAGCAGCAGCAGUUGCUGACGCCACCGGUGGAGCUGAUGGGUGCUGAGAGCGUCGGUUUCGGAGCGUUCGGCGGGGAUGCGUCGCAGGCGGACCUGUUUGGCUGGUUGUGA